UUAUGGGUUGUUAUUCUGCACUGUACAAAUUAUCGUCGUGUGCUGCUUUGAAAUAGGAGACAAUAUAGAUAAACUAAAAAGUGUUCUCUUCAUCUAAACUUAAACACUUGCUGCCCGGUCUGUUGGAGAAAAUGCCUUGGCAAGAUUUAAUUCCUGUUGUUUACAACAGCAGGAGCCAGAGACGUCCAUGAGAGUCCUCCCACUGUACGUGAGUACGUCCAUUCACCGUCGCUGGGAGCCAUAUUGUUAUUGCUUGCAAAGUAUCGAGCGGCAGGAAAGAAGAGUGAUCCAGCGGAGUGGAGAUCGUAGUCGCUAGCUACUUUUAGUUUGGAAUAAAAGGAAUAUAAAUUGACCAGCAAGUACCUGGCAGAAAUUAAGAACUGGUAGGAAAGAAAAGAUGGUUGAUCGCCUGGCUAACAGCGAAGCAAAUUCAAAACGGAUAAAUGUUGUGGAGGGGUGCUUUGGAGCAGCUGGUCAACCCUUGGCUAUUCCUGGUAGAGUCCUCAUCGGGGAAGGAGUGCUAACAAAGCUCUGCAGAAAGAAACCAAAAGCCAGGCAGUUUUUCCUCUUCAACGACAUCCUUGUAUAUGGUAACAUUGUCAUUCAGAAAAAGAAGUACAACAAACAGCACAUAAUUCCUCUGGAAAAUGUCACAAUUGAUUCUAUUGAGGACGAAGGCGACCUACGCAAUGGAUGGCUUAUAAAAACUCCUACCAAAUCCUUUGCUGUUUAUGCAGCUACCGCCACAGAGAAGUCCGAAUGGAUGAACCACAUCAGCAAGUGUGUGUCCGACUUGCUUGAAAAAAGUGGAAAGGCACCAAACAGUGAACAUGCUGCAGUGUGGGUACCUGAUUCAGAGGCCACCGUGUGUAUGCGUUGUCAGAAAAUUAAGUUUACACCAGUAAGCCGCAGGCAUCACUGCCGCAAGUGUGGGUUCGUGGUGUGUGGGCCCUGCUCGGAGAAAAAGUUUCUGCUUCCCAGUCAGUCCUCCAAGCCGGUGCGGGUCUGUGAAUUUUGUUACGAUCAGCUCUCCAGUGGGCAGCUGAGUGCAAGCUUGCCUCCCAGAUCAGACUCUUACAAAUUUCCCAUGAAUAACGUAUCGGAUGAUGAUGAUGAUGAGGACAGCAGUGACUGAAGACAGCAAGCUUAGUCUAAUAUUUAGAAUAUUUAACAGAAUAUUUAGCUGGGCUUGAAAUUAGCAAUUAAAAAAAAAAAAAAAUCUGAAGUCUUACCCUUUUUAAUGAUGGUUUAUUAAAUUUAUGAAAGUUUCCAAAACAUGUUCAUAGCUAAAUGCUUGAGAUUCCCAGAUCUCUGUGUUUGGGUGAUUUUAUAAAACCUAUGUCUAUUAACCCUUUUAAUGCUAAAUAUUUAUUGUGUGUUUUGGACACACAAAACAUAUUUUUCAUUAAAAUGUUUUCUCAAAAUUCCACAGUUUACCUUGUUUCUGAGUAACGGUUAUUUUUUUUGCUGCUUUAUCUCUAAAUCUCAUUAAGGGUGUCACUACAGGAGUGGAAUAUACAACAGUCUCUGGCUUGCCCAAAUAAUCCAAAGUGCUAAUUUUAAGUUCUAGUCUGUAAUGGGCUGCUUCUUGGGAAUACCAUGACUCAGUUCUAGCUAUACAUUUCCACCCAUGAACCUUAAAGAAAGGAUGUGCCUCUGUGCUGACAGCUCUUAACUUUUUUGCAGGGAUAUGAACUCUAGUGACUUUUUGUCUGUUUUAAAUCUCACUGGUAAAUUAAUCGUAAAUUUGGUAGUUUUGUAUUAUUUACCUGUUUGCCAUUUGUAUAUUAAAAAAGGUGUGCAGUAUUUAAUAAAAAGAACAUAAGAAAAUAAAACACCAGAUAACACAUUUAACAUUUUUAAGAUGAAUAUGCAAAAGACUAUUGAUCGGGAUUGUUUGAACACACCAGUCAUACCUUUUUCUAUUAUUGCUUACGACAAAUCAAAUGGAGGGUAAUUACUUGACAAAUAUGUGUUCUUUCAGAUCUAAAGCAAUAUUUAUCGUAAUACAGAUUCUAAUUUUAAACUCUUUAAAUUGGGAAUACGUAGUUUUACACAAGGCCUUAUUUGCCACACAGUGCCUUUAUGAGAUCACUCAUAGCAUCCAUACUAGUUUGUGUUUUUCGCACAAACAGAACUCCUAAUUGCUGUUGCUUGUGGGUGAGGAAUGAUAGUGUGAUAUUCACAGGAGCCGUACACAAUGGUGUCCAAUAAUAUAUUAGUUUGUCCACACACACACAUUAUAUAUAUAUAUAUAUAUAUAUAUAUAUAUAAACUGAGAACUGACUGGAAUAUGCAGAUCACCAAUAUUUAAAGGAAAUAUAAACAAACAAGUUGAAGCAACCAUAUUUUGAAAAAAAUAAAUAAAAAAUAAUAAUUUAAAGAGUAAGUAGUGCGGUUCUGAAAAAUAUAGCGUUACACCUCCCCACAUGUUGAUACAACUGUUUAAAUAAUUUUUCUUUUCAUUGUUAACAUCCUGACAACUUUUUACACUUAAGUCUGUUUCAAAUAUCUUUUUAUAAUGGCCGCUCUAGUGCACUGGGGUUUGAGAUCAGGGAUGUUUCAAACAGGUAACACAACAAUAACGAUCCAUGGUGUGUUAUGGAACAGAAAAGCUAGAGCACCUUUUUGUUUUAUUUAUUUUUUUAUAUUUUUUUUUUUUCUAAAUUACUCUUCCUACAGUGAUUUAGAGGACACACAUCCCUGAUCUCAAACCCCAGUGCACUAGAGCGGCCAUUUUGAAAAGAGCUUUGAAACAGUGUAAAAGUUGUCAGGAUGUUAACAAUGAAAAAAAAAAUACUGGUACAUUAUUUAAACAGUUGUAGCAACAUGUGGGGACGUGUAAAGCUAUAUUUUUCAAAACCCUGCUAGUUACUCUUUAAGGCAGUGCUGCCCAAACACGGUCCUGGAGAGCCCCUAUCCAGUAAGUUUUGUAGGUCACCCUAAAUCGCUAAUUUCUAAAGACUGGGAACACAUGGAAGUUAUUGAUCAAUUAAGCAAAUAACUUGUUCAAUUAAGGGAACUCUGGUCACUGGGCCAGUUUACAUGCUGGGAAAAUGUCAUGACUUGUUUACUGUCAUGACUUAUUUAAGGUGGUACGGUCUGGAUUACAAUUUUAGUCAGUUUUGGUUUAUGUUUAGUUUAUGUUUGAAUACAAAUAUAAUACAUUAUACAAAAAUCAAAUACAACAUGAAGUUUCAAAGCAGGAAUUGUUAAAUUAAACAAACCAAAACUAUCUAAAAUUAUAAUUCAGCCGUACCACCUUAAAUAAGUCAUGACAGUAGACAGAUAAGUCAUGACAUUUUCCCAGCAUGUAAUCCAGGCCAUUGAGGGCUCAAAAGGGUAGUUCAUUUUUUGUACCAAAUGAUCUCUAAAUGACUUCAUUUAAUAAAUCACCUGCUUAAUUGAUCACAAUGAAAUUGUUCCAGGUGUUAAGAAAUUGAUGAUUAAAGGUUACCUAUAAAACCUGCUGGAUAGGGGCUCUCCAGGACCGGGUUUGGGCAGCACUGCUUUAAGGUAUAUGUCCCACCAUGGGUAGAAUAAGGAAAUGAAACAAUACUGUAGUUGGCCAGAGAGCAACAUUUGGGAGUAGAUGAAACUGCAUUUCCAACAAUCAAAGCAGUUGCUAUAGUACCUUUUAGCAACCAUGCUCCUCCCCGCCCCCUUACUUUCACAUUAAUGGCGGUACUGUAAAUGUUAAUUCCUGGAUUUGCCUAAUUAUCAGUCUCUCCACCACAGAAAUAAAAUGCUAAGAAACUAGUUUCUACUGUACGUAAAUGAAAAAUAAACGUAUUAUUCCCUGUAGGGCUACAGGAUGUCAAAAUUGCAGUAACCUUUUAAAAGGAAUAAUAUAUAUAUAUAUAUAUAUAUAUAUAUAUAUAUAUAUAU